GCUCCCUCCAGUUCUAUCUUCUUGUACCUUCUUCAGAUCGCACUGUCUCUGUCCAGAUACUUGUGUUACAUCGUGGGUCUUGGCCAAGUUUUAUUUUGAAGCAGUGCUUGGUAACCCCAAUGUCGGCUUCGACGGUGUCGAUUACAGCGGCGAACCCGGCUGCGCGUCGGAGACCGGUUGUCUCUACCGAAAGGAAGGCUACAAACAUUGAGAUGCUGGCCAAUGAUGUUGGUGUUUCUCCGGUUACCGCCAAUCCCGGCGCAGGCGGAGAUGAGAAAGUGACAUCCGCAGGAAAUGGGAGAGAUUUGAGUCACCAUUCUAUUCGAGGCGAGGCAGUUCUGGACAGAUCUUCUAAGGAUUUCGUGCAAGCCAAGAAAGCUGUUGGAAAUUCGACUACUGUGCAACGGCGAACUCGUAAGGUCCUUUCGAAGCCUGAUAAGCCUCGGUGGCUCACAGUUUUGAGUAUUUUUGCCAAGAAUUUCGUGCUUCUUGUUGUGCUUUUGGGGCUGGUUCAAUUGAUUCGGAGACUGGCUAUGAAAUCUGGUGAAAGUGUGGUGGGGGCCCAACCAGGACUGGUAGAAUUUGAGGGUCGAAUUGCGGAUGUGGAAUCACUGUUGAAGACAACGGCAAAGAUGAUCCAGGUGCAAGUUGAAGUUGUGGACAGGAAGAUUGAGAAUGAGAUAGGGGGUUUGAAGAAGGAAAUGAGCAAGAAAAUUGAUGAUCAGGGAGCCAUUUGGGAGAGCGAGUUGAAGAAGUUGGAGGCCAAGAGUGAAGGACUUGAGAAGUCGUUGGGUGAUUUGAAGUCAGUGGAGUGGUUAUCCAAGGAAGAGUUUCAGAAGAUUUAUGAUGAGCUGAAGAAAACAAAGAGCGCUGAUCUUGGAGAGGCAAGCUUGGAUGAGAUAAGAACGUACGCAAGAGAGAUAAUUGAGAAGGAAAUUGAGAAGCAUGCUGCUGAUGGGCUUGGUAGGGUUGACUAUGCACUCGCUAGUGGUGGAGCCAUGGUUGUCAAGCACUCCGAACCAUUUAUAGUGGGAAGGGGAACUAAUUGGUUUUUACUAUCCGCAAAAAAUGGUGUUCAUACCAAUGCUGAUAAGAUGUUAAAACCAAGCUUUGGAGAGCCAGGUCAGUGUUUUGCCUUGAAAGGGAGCACUGGGUUUGUGCAGAUCAAGUUGCGCACAGCUAUCAUUCCAGAGGCUGUCACAUUGGAGCAUGUUGCAAAGACUGUUGCAUAUGAUAGAUCAAGUGCUCCCAAGGACUGCAGGGUCUCUGGUUGGCUGCAAGGGCAGAAUGCUGAAUCUGUUAUAGAGACUGAGAAAAUGUUUCUAUUAUCUGAAUUUACAUACAACCUCGAAAAGAGCAAUGCCCAGACUUUUGAUGUGUCAGAUUCAUCCAGUACCGGAGUUGUUGACACAGUGAGGCUUGACUUCACAUCGAACCAUGGAAGUCCUUCACACACUUGUAUAUACCGGUUUAGGGUUCAUGGUCGCGAGCCUGAUGCAGUUUCUAUGAUGGCAAUGCAGUCGCUGUGAGGUCUUUUUCUGUGUCUUGAAUUUGUAUUUUGUUUAGAUCUUGCAAGUCAUGGACUCUGAGGUUACCCAAAGUGCUCAUUAAUGGCCCUUGUUAGAGUAUUCCUUUUCUUAUUGUCGACUCCGGUGGAUUAUUUUUGUAUAUUGUGUACAAUUUCUCAAUUAGGCAUAUGGGAUUAGUCUGUAUUUUGGAUGGAGGGGAAAUGGGGCAUGAGUCUUAAUAGGUGGA